AUGCGGUCAACCUUUCGCUACCUCCCUUUGGUCCUGCUCAGCUCGCUGCCGGCCAGCGUGUUGGGCGGCGACAUCCUCAGCACGAAUGGCUUCUCCAUGUGCUCGACAGACCCUACGAUCAAAGUUCAGACGCUCAAUGUGGAGUAUAAUCGGCAGACGAGGAGGGUCACAUUUGAUGUUGCUGGGAGCAGCUCAGAAGAGCAGAAAGUUAUCUUGAAUCUGGUGGUGAGCGCGUAUGGGAAGGAUGUUUAUACCAAGGAGAUCAAUCCUUGUGAGGCGUCGGAGGAGUACAAUAUUGAUAAUAUGUGUCCGAUACCUGCCGGAACCUACUCGUCGAAAGGCGAGCAAACGAUCCCGGAGAAGUACGCCGACCAAAUACCUGCGAUUGCGUUCAACAUCCCCGAUCUCGACGGCUUGGUGAAGCUGGAAGUCAAGAGCGCCGACGGUGGUAAAGAUCUGGCAUGUAUACAAUCGAGCGUAUCGAAUGGACACACCUUCCAGAUGAAGUCGGUCUCGUACGCUGCCGCCGGAAUGGCAGCUGCGGCUCUGGGGCUCUCUGCUGUCACUGCGCUGGCAUCUGCUGGUGCUCCUGGUGCCAGCACUCCUUCGCCUACCUUUGGCGAGGUCAUUGGAUGGUUCCAGACCAUGGCUACCAGUGGAAUGCUGAGCGUGCAGUACCCGAAGGUCUACCAGAGCUUCUCGACGAACUUUGCAUUCUCCACAGGUCUUGUGCCUUGGGGAUCGAUGCAAGAGGCUAUCGAUAAUUUCCGGCAAAGGACUGGCGGGAACUUGACGGACAACAGCUGGCAAUACCUGCGGAAUAAUGCGACGCUCGUGUUCGAUGAUGGUCAGACCAAUUCAAGUUUGAGCAAGCGCGCACUGGACACGGCUGUGCUUUUCAUACGCGAUGGGACUACGGUCAACGUGAACGGGACAGAACAGGACGUCGGUGGAGAUUCCAGCGGCAACAGCACCUCUUCGUCCGACAGCCAAAGCAAAGACCAGCACUUCGUGAGCGGAAUCCAGGCCUACGUGGAGCAGCUUUCUAUUCCUCAGGCCAACACCUUCAUGACGAUUCUCCUGGUCUGGGCAAUCGUCGUCGCAGCUAUUAUCGUCCUCAUCCUCCUCGCAAAGGCCAUUCUAGAAGCCUGGGCCAUGUUCGGCAAACUUCCCAAGGGUCUCGAAUCCUGGCGAAAGCGAUACUGGUGGAGAAUGGCCAAGGCGAUUGUCAACCUCAUCCUUCUGCUUUACGGCGUCUGGACCCUUUACUGUGUUUACCAAUUCACGAAUGGCGACUCUUGGGCGGCUAAGGUCCUCGCAGGUGUGACCCUCGGUGCCUUUACCCUAGUUCUGGCUGGUUUCACGUACAAAAUCUGGAGCAUGGCGCACAAGUACAAGAAGAUGGAGGGCGCCCCGGAUAAGCUUUACGAGGACAAGGAGGUCUGGAUCAAGUACAGCUUGUUCUACGACAAUUACAAGAAGAGCUACUGGUGGAUCUUCGUGCCCGCGAUCGUGUACAUGUUCGCGCGAGGCUGCAUCAUCGCCGGCGCAAACGGCCAUGGCAUGGUCCAAGCUGCGGGUCAACUCAUCGUCGAAGCCCUCAUGCUCGCUCUGCUACUUUGGACCCGCCCUUACCAGCGCCGCUCCGGCAAGUGGAUCAACAUCACUAUCCAGACAGUACGCGUCAUCUCCGUCGUCUGCGUCCUCGUCUUCGUCGAGGAGCUCGGCCUCAGCCAAACGACCAAGACCGUCACCGGCGUCGUCCUCAUCGUCGUGCAAUGCGUCCUCACAGGCAUCCUCGCCAUCCUCAUCGCCACCAACGCCAUCAUCACCUGCAUCAAGGAGAACCCCCACACGCGGAAACGCCGCGAAGCCGCCAAGAUGAACCGCGACCUCGACAACCUCACCCCCCUCGACGCGAGGAACAGCCUCCUCAUGGACCCCAUGGUGCAGAAAGACGGCGCAGACACCUCGUACAAAGCACCACUCGUAUCAGCAUCUCCCUUCGCAGACCAAAGAGGACGCUACGAUCCCGUGCACACGAGAUCAGACUCCCCUGGUCGGUACCACGACGAGGAACAUCUCGUUUCCCACGCGGCGCCUUUCCACACCCGCGAUCACUCGCGGGAUCCGUCGGCUCAUUCGAGGAGUCCGAGCGUGGAGUCGAGGCAGCCGCAGUUGCCGGAUUUGAAUUUUGGGAGGGCGUAUUAA